UCUGAAUCAGAAUAAAAUAUUCAUUUUAUAAAUGUUGCAAAAAAACUUAAUAAGACUUAUAGGUAGUUCACUAUUUUGGUACCUAUCCGAAUUAAUCUGUGAAAUAUUCAUGUGCAAAUAUCUAUUAGAAAAAAAAUCAACCUUGAAUUGAAUGUAAUAAUUAUGUUGUUAUCAAUUACAUUUUAAACAAUAAGUAUUUUGUGUUAAUACAUACGGGUAUAGUCUAUGGAUAAAGAUAUACUAAAACUUUGUUGAGUUUUCGUUUCUUGACUUACACAGCAGUCAGCCCAAUAUGUUUAGAUUUAUUUAAGUUUUUCAAUCAUGCCAAAAAAUCAACAAACCCAACAAAUAUUGAACGAUACAAGAGAUGAUUCGUCUUCAUCUCGGGUCGUCAUGCUGUUCGGAUCAGACGAAGAAUGUGACUUAACUUCAGACGACUUAACUUCCGGCGAUGAAGAUGUGUUGUCUAUAAAUCAAUUGACUGGGGUCCGACGGUUCCCAGUACCAGAUUCCCGAAAACCGUGUACCGUAACCAAUUCCCGGGAACGCUGGCGCCAACACAACGUCACCGGUGCCUUUGCAGAACUUCGUAAAUUGGUACCCACUCACCCACACGAUAAAAAAUUAUCAAAGAAUGAAAUUUUAAGGAUGGCUAUCAAGUACAUUCGCCUUUUAAGUGGUGUCCUCGAAUGGCAAGAGAAUCAACAAGAUUUCAGCAAUAAUAAUGAAGACUGCAUGGACAACAAUGUGUAUUUAUAAUUAUAAUUUGUAUGGCAAAAGAAAAUAUUAGGUACAUCAUUAGAUACUUUACUAUAAUAAUGCGACAUGAUAAUAUAGGUAAUUUAAAUACGCCUAGGCGAAAAGACGCACGGAAAUAAAUGUCCUUGCGACUAUGUUUGGACUGCAUAAUUAAUUUUUAUGUUCUAAAAAUCAAAGAUUUAAGCCGUACGCCAUAGCCGGUAGGACGUAGGUAGAUUAGCCAUAUAGAAGUAUUCUUACAUAUAAAUUAUAACAGUUACAACAUAAUACCUUUGUUACCUCGACUUAAAGUUACACCUACUCUCAAUGUUUAUGAUUAAUUAAUUAAUAUUAAGUGCUGGAGGUCGCUACCAGGUAACACCUCCAAUCCUCAAAUAAAUUAUCAAUAUAUUUAUUAUUGACAUUGUCA